AUGAAUAUGCACCAUAACAGGAGGAAGAAAAAGCGCGUCAACUAUGGUGUAAGAGUCGUAGAAUUACUUCGUGGCAGCAAAGGUUUUGGCUUCACAAUAUCUGGUCAGCAACCCUGCAUUCUGAGCUGCAUCGUGCAAGGCAGCCCUGCGGAAAAUGCCGGUCUCAGAGCUGGCGAUUACCUUGUCGCCGUAAAUGGUCAUAGUGUUAGUAAAAUUCCACACGAUGAUGUCGUUCGAUUGAUAGGAAAUUCAAAGGGUAUUCUGAGAUUACAAAUUGCUGAAAAUUACUACUCAGAUUCAUCUGACGAGGAGGGACUGGCGACGGUAAGAUCCAAGCCUAAAUAUUCCCACAAACCACGAACCAACGCCGUAACCCCAGCUCCGCUACAAUGCAGAAUAGCUAAAGUCGUUAGAGACUUGCAUAGCGGAGCAAUGUUCGAUGCAGCUAAUCGUAACUCUCAAAAUAAAAUACAGUGCUCUCACUCGUCACUUCAUCAUCGAUGGAAUAUGGCUAGUCCUCUGCCACCACCACCUCCGCCCUUAUCCUUGAAAAGAGACACAGAAAAAAUAGUUCAUCGAACUGUUGUUGGCUAUCUUGGUACCAUCGACAUUCCCAAUCAGUUACCUCCAUCAUCUAUGAUGCAGGUCUUAAGGAAGUGCAUCAAAAGACUAAAAGCAGAGAAGAGAAAUCCAACCACAGUACUACUUACAAUACACGUUGCAAACAUAAAGUUAACAAAUUCAGAUAACAAAGUGAUUGCUGAGUAUCCAUCCUUUCGAAUAAUAUUCUGUAACUCAUUCUCAGAACUGGAUAAACAGUAUUUCGGUAUCCUAACAAAGUCGGUAAAAGAUAAUGAUGACAUAGUAUCAAAUUCCUGCCAUGUUUUUACCAUAUACUACAAGCUUAUAGAUCAUGCAGUACAUUCGAGUACCUGUAACAUAUUUGGAUUUACAUGUACAAAAACAUCUGAGUUAAACGUUUGUCAAGAAUUUCCUGACAGUUGCAACGGUUUAAUUGGUGCCAUACAAACUCUUUACAUAUCAGACACAGACAGUGAAUCAAAUCCCUACAACGAGGAAGCAAGGCAUCAUCACGCUGCUUCACCUCAACCAAGCAAUGUAAGCACGUCUACAGCACACUCCAGUAACAGCGAUUCUGGUAUAGGCUUCAAGGACGAUUAUGGCAAUCAAUCAGACAGGAAUAUGAUGGCUGAUUUUCAAGAACGGAGACAGUAUCUGCCUAAUAUACAUGUCAGGGAAGCUAAUACUGCACAUUCCAAGAAUGGCUUACUUUCAAGACCUAGACCAAAUGAAUCUUCAGGCUCUAAAUUAACUGUCAGAGCUGUACCUGACGUGGAAUGGAUGGAUGAUGCUAGAUCAAAUCAAUCCAGAGAUGCUGCGUUUUCAUUUGAGGUUAAUGGAAAACAUGGAGUCUCGAAUUCUGGCAAAAUCUCCAAUAAUGGAGAAGGGUUUGGUGUGUCAAUGGCAUCUGGUAUGUGUGGGGAUGAAAGUGUGGAUAGGAGGGGGAACAACACCUGUCUGGGACCAUCUGCUCCUACUUUAACCAGUAUGGGGUUGCCUAGUCUGAUGGCUACCUCAGAGGGAACUCAGAAGCAGGAAAGUACUCGAGCAAAGGAUAUUUUAGGAUCACAAGAAAAUCUUGAUUUCGCAAUAAACAACGAUAGAAAAACACCGUUCAAAUGCACGAAUGAUUCGUUUAGCAAGUUAAGCUUGAAAGUGUACGGUGUUUCAAAAUCAUUGGUGCAUAGCUUUGAGGACUUAAAACCGACCAUGGAGUGUUCUUCUCUACUUCAUCAAUGUUCUAAAAACGAAAAACCGCGAUGGGGAAGCUUACAAGAAAUACGAAACGUCGGGAAUUGUACUUCGAAUAAUUGUUUGCACAGGAGUAUUGAAUCCUUUGAAAAAUCCAGUAACUGUAACGGCGUAAAUUCAUGGUCUUCAAGCUUCGAAAAACUUCUCGAAGAUCCAGCAGGACUACAAACUUUUGCUGAAUUUUUGAAGAAAGAGUUCAGUCACGAGAAUAUAUAUUUUUGGGCAGCUUGUGAGCGAUAUAAAGACACGGAAGACGUCAAUAGCCGAAAAAGAAUGGCAUCGCAAAUAUAUCGGCGUCAUUUAUCGAGUUCUGCUGCAGAGCCAGUUAACGUAGACAGUCAUGCUGCUGGACAAAUUACACAAGACUUGCUCAAUGAGGCUCCGGCAGCGUUAUUUUUACAGGCACAGAAGCAAGUCUUUAACUUGAUGAAGUUCGAUAGCUAUCCACGAUUUUUGAGAUCUGAUCUAUAUCGCACGUGCAUGGAAGCUGGAAGUAGUGUCAUUCGUACCCAAGAUUGCGAUCUGAGUUUGAUAGGUUCACCGCAGAUAAAAUUGAAAAAGAGUCACUCCGACGCUGAGGAUCGCAGCCGGAAGUCUAUUCUGCCAUGGCACAGAAAAAACAGGUCCAAAUCUAAAGAUCGCGGGGAAUCUGAAUAUAAUAAAACACCUUGCAGAAAUGAAACCAUUUACAAAAGUUUCACAACCAUGAAAAAGGACGUGGACGGCAACAGUAACGAUGACAACAAAUCUAUAUCCAGCAGCCGAUCUUCCCUGGCAUCAUGGGACCUUGCAUUAAGACAAUCUUUCAAUAAAAAUUCCAUCUCAUCUUGCGAAGGACAUUCCAAUGAUAAGAAAGAAUCUCAUUCUAAAUGUACGGGAUUAUGCCGGGUAAUAUUACCUGACGGGUCUACAACUGUAGUGCCAACUAGCCACUCGGAAAGUAUUAAAGAUGUGGUUACCCGACUUCUCGAUAAAAGAGCUCUGCGUUAUUCUAACUACGAUGUUCUCAUACUUGCCACCGAGGAGACUGUCAAUCUGGACUACGCAUCUUCUAUACUCGCAAGUGAGGAAGUCCAAGUUGUUCUGACAAAAGUAUUAAAAGUGGAUUUGCCAUCCCGUAGAAUAGUUAGCAUUAGAGCACACAGAGGUAGAACCUUAAGAGAAGUAUUAAGACCAUUACUGAAUAAAUAUGGAUUCAACUUGGAGGUAAUCACUAUGUGGGGCGAUGGCCAUCCAGUCGAUAUGGAUAUUCCUGCAAUAAAUGCUCCAGCUCGACUUACAUUAACAUUAGGCAAUGAAGAAUUUCACCGAGAUGUAUUACCUCUAAAAUAUCCGGACGAUAUACCACAUUCUCAACCAAGGCUGGAGGAAAUAACUAACAAAGUCUUCAAAGAACUAUUAGUUAGCAAAAGUACAAACAAAUACCCAUACGACGAAGGCUCAUGCAAGUCGGAUGACCAACGGUCCGAAGGUUCCUCCAUUUUAUCUAACAAAUUUUUCUUACGGGACUCUACGAUUCAUGGGAAAAAAAAACUAAUUUUAUUCAAGGGUAAAUCAAAGAGCAGUAAUACAAGUGAAAAAAAUCAUCAAAUAGAAAAUGCCGCUGAUAUAUGCUCUCGACCGCAGCCUCCUUUAAUCGCUAAAUUGUGUAAUGGUGUCAAGCUACAACUUCCCGGCAGAUACGAUGGAGAUGGGUUUUCAGAUUUGUACGAAGGGUUGAAGAGAGCUCAAAGAUCGCGUCUGGAGGACCAGAGAGGAACUGAAAUCAAUUUUGAACUACCUGAAUUCUUAAAGAAUAAAGAAAAUGGUAAACAUCUCGGCAAAAAGAUUCGGAGAGGACGUGCAGCGCCUGGACACAUAGAGGGGAACACCAGAUUCUAUGAUUCAGGAGAGGAUAAACAGAGCGCUUCCAAUAUUACUAAUUUCGAAACCUGUAGCACAAAUGGAAACGAUGAAAUGCUCAAGUCAAGUUUUCAUCACAAUUUGGUUUGCGAAGAAGUCAGCGAGUCGAUUGACAAAUGUUUUGACUUAACAAGUCCUCUCGAAGUUACUAUUGUAGACGUCGAUCAAACUCUGACUGAAAGUAAUAUACCAUCUCAACUCGAGCAUCAAGAGUGCAGUAGCUUUAAGCCACAAUUCGUACCCCUGAGUCCUACAAAACAUUCAAAACCCCCGCCGCUCCCUCCAAAGCCUAAGCUUCUUGCUAGUGCUAUAAAAACCGGUCAUAUAUUAUCUAAGCCAUCGCAUAAAAUUGUUCAAACAAGUACUACAACUAUGAUCGAAUCCUGUGAAAAUAAAAAUAUUUUUUGAGAUUUUCUAGACAUAGUCGACGAGACUGUUUCAUGGUAAAAGUUUUAGCUACAUAGUAAUCAAAUUGAAUCUAGAAAAGUGUAGCGUAUAGAGUGAAAAAGGUUGUGAAAUUAUGUCUGAAGAAGCUAGUCUAUUUUUAGACAAAUCAUUGGCCACUUUAUACGGAAGAUUUCAGGCUUCGAAAGAUUAUUAAAAUACAGAUUUAUACUAUAUUUAUAUUCAUGUUCAUAACGCCACUAUUUAAGAUACUCGCCUUAGGUAAGUGUAAAGACUCGCUAAUGCCUUUUAUCGAAGUUCGAUACCAGCAGUGAGAAUAUAGCGACGUUGUAUUUAUAUUUUAUAUAAUAUUUUUCAUUCCUGGUUGUACAGGACGUAACAAGAAUAGAUAUUUUAUUAUAUUGAUCAUCUGUAUACUAUGAAAUAGAAUGAAUGAUUCUGAUAUUUGAAGUGUUGUUAACUUUUAUAUCUGAAGAAUAAAUGCAAUGCCCAGACUCUUAA